GGGACAAAAUGAAAGAUUGUUAUGUUGUAAGAAUAUUUAGAUUGAAUUUUAGCCGUAAUAGCUUAACUCCAGGCUUAAGGAGAUGAACAUGAAUUUACACAGUAUUAGUUCAAAACAGCAUCAAUCCACAAUGUAUUCCUGAACUGACGUCAAGAAAACAAAUUCAAAAUGUCUGCACAGGAAGUGUAUGAAGCGAAGUUGCAGACGGACUCAACAUCUUGUUACCGCCCAAAGGCAGUAACCACCGAAAAGCCUGCUGAUGGGAGCAUGCAUUUUACAAUCAUGAAGCAUCCAAAAGAAGCUUUAGAUGUGAUGAGUAACCUCAGAAGACUUACAAAACUCUGUGAUGUCACACUCUUGGUGGGAGAGGAAAAGUUCCUUGCCCACAAGAUUGUGUUAGCUGCGGCCAGUCCAUACUUCCGUGCCAUGUUUACAGGAGGAAUGAGAGAAGAAGAAAUGACCACCAUUCCUUUACAUGGGAUCACACCAUGUACGUUAGCAACACUCAUAGAAUUUGCAUAUACGGCAGAAGUUCGCGUCAGUGAAAUGAACGUUUGUUAUCUUCUGCCAGCAGCCACCAUGUUUCAGAUGAACCAUGUGGUAGAAGCAUGUAGUGUCUUUCUAGAACAACAGCUUGACCCUAGUAACUGUAUUGGUAUAGCAGAUUUUGCUAGUGAACAUGGUUGUGUAGAAUUACAGACAAAGGCAAGAGAAUAUAUAUUCAAAAAUUUUUCUGAAGUGAUAAAAUGUGAUGAAUUUUUAACGCUUACACCCUGUCAGCUUAUAAACCUUAUCAAACAUGAUGAGCUGAAUAUUCGAUGUGAAUCGGAGGUGUUCAAUGCUGUGAUACGAUAUGUUCAACAUGAUCCAGAUAAGAGGAUCUGCAAAUUGGAGGGACUACUUUAUGCUGUGCGGUGCCAUUUUCUGUCUCCUAAGUUUCUGGAGAAACAGUUAAAUCAUUGUAAUAUUCUCAAGAAGAUGCCCCAGUGUCAAGAAUAUUUAUCAAAAAUCUUUCAAGGAUUAAAACUUCAUCAGACCUGCCCUGAAAAACCGAGAAAACCAUGUUCACCUCUAGUCAUAUUUACGGCCGGUGGUUAUUUGCGACAAUCCCUCAGUAAUUUUGAAUACUAUAACCCUUCCUCAAACCAAUGGACAAGACUCCCUGAAUUACCCACUCCCAGGAGUGGACUGUGUUGUUGUAUUGUAAAAGGCUCAUUUUUCUGUGUUGGAGGAAGGAACAAUUCUCCUGAUGGAAAUAUGGACUCCAAUGCCUUGGAUGUGUUUGAUCCCAUUAGAAAUAUCUGGCUCUCCAGAUCUCCAAUGACUGUUCCUAGAAAUCGCGUAGGAAUUGGUGUGAUCGACAACAUGAUUUAUGCUGUUGGGGGUUCACAAGGGCAGCAGCAUCAUGCUUCUCUGGAAAGGUAUGACCCAGACUUAGACAGAUGGACAAUGCUAGCUUCAAUGGCCACCAAGCGAAUUGGAGUGGGAGUCGCAGUGGUGAACAGGUUACUGUAUGCUGUUGGUGGUUAUGAUGGCAGCAACAGGUUACGGAGCAUGGAAUGCUACGACCCAGAGAAGGAUGAGUGGCACUUUGUGGCUCCAAUGAACACAACACGCAGUGGUGCUGGUGUGAUAGGUAUGGACUGUUAUGUGUAUGCAGUUGGAGGCUAUGAUAGUAGUUGUCAGCUUAGCUCUGUUGAGAGAUAUUGCACCAUCACUAAUCAGUGGGAGUUUGUAGCUCCAAUGAAGAGUCCCAGAAGUGCACUAAGUGUGGCUGUAGUCAACAAUAAACUCUACGCUUUAGGUGGUUAUGAUGGACAAGAAUUUUUAUCAACAGUAGAGUGUUAUGAUCCUGACAAGAAUGAGUGGGCAGAAGUGACUAACAUGACUUGUGGCAGAAGUGGACAUGGUGUGGCAGUGGGCGCUGAACCCUGCCACUCCUGACAAAGGUCAAGGUCACUAGUAUAACCGUCCAAUCUGCUAUCCCAGUGCAUGUGAUAUGAACUGCUCAAAUCCUGCAUAAUACACCACCGGCACCAAGCAAGAAACUUGUGAACAAGGACUAGUCCUAGAGUGCUUACAGGCCAUAGAGGGAUUGAAGAACAUCCAAGAAAUAUAAAAAUCAAGCUCAAAAACACCAAACUAGAACAAAUAUCACAGUAUUAGUCAGCACUGUUAUGUUGAUGCUUUCCUGUUUUGUAACAUUUCAUUGAAAACAAAUGGAAAAUUUGAUUAUCUGCUACAUCCUUUGCUCCAAUCAAUGCUGAUUUAAGUAAAUGAAGAAACCAAUUACAUGAAAUCUGUUUCACCAUUGAUUUAAAAAAAAAAAAGGAGAAUCAUAAAUCUUAGAUGAAGUAAAAAAUUAUUGAAAAUAUGUCGACAGAUUGAUCAUUUUUGUAUUUUAUUAUGGUGCAGAUGUGUAUUGAAGUUGUUAGGAUUUUUUUUCCCACAGUAUAUUGAAUUCAUGUACAAUGAAAACAUUGUAAUUACAAUGAAACAUUUAAUCUCUUACCUGAUGCUAGUAAAAGAGCACUCUGGGUCAAGUGUUUAACCUUGUAUCAUGGUGACCUCUCUAUUUAUUUUAUCAUUGUUUUUUUUAUUAAAGGUUUGUGAUAUUGAUCAGUAAUUGACAAAGACAAGAAAAUUUAUUGGUGCUAUUGUUGUUAAGCAGGCAAGUUAGUCUGCCGAGUUAUUAAGGGGUGUCGUCACAUCCAAAUAAAAGGAUGUGGUAGCAUCCAGUUGUUAUUCUGUGUAUUCUGCUGCGUACCUAAUUGUCAACUUAGAGAAUUCCCUAAAUUUCCAAUAGAAAGUAUAAAUUGUUAAGGAUUUUCAGAAAAAAAUUAUUGUACACUUAAUUAAUAAAUAGUUAUUUUAUUUCAUUUAUCAGAUAAUAUAUUGUACGAUGCUAGAAAACAAAAAUGAAGUCAAAAUCACAUAUCAUUUAAAGAAAAAAAAACUUUGCUCUCUUUUCCUUCAUUUUCUUAUUCUUGGAAGGAACAAUGCUGCGUUGUGAAUUUUUUUUUUUAUAUACCAAUUGAAGCUACCAUUCAUUAUAUAUAUUUUCUUUUUUUUU